CCGGAGCCGCCAGCGCUGUCAGAGCUAAGAUGGAGCCUUAUAAACCCGAGCCCGAGCUCCAGCGGUUUUACCACCGAUUGCUGCGUCCGCUGUCGCUCUUCCCCGGCAGGGCGACGCGCACAGAGUCUCAGAAGCACCUCCCGCAGGAGGUCCCGAUGCUGCUGCCCCAGCCUGUCUCACGGCUGACGGUGGAGUCGCUCUGCCGCCAGGUAGCUGAACGGCUGGCCAGCAGCGGGCUGGAGGCGCGAGCGCCUUCCGAGGUGCGACUCCGUUUCACCCAAGUCAUUCUGGAUGAGCUAAAGUGCAGCUGGCAGGAGCCUCCCACCGAACCUAGUCUGAGCCACUUGAACAAUCUGAGGCUGCGGAAGCGGCUCCAGGUCUAUAUGCUGCUCAGCAGCGAGCAGCUCUUCAUACGCUAUCUGCACCUUCAGAAGAUCAUGUCGACCGCCGCAGGUGUCUUCACUGAAUCAGCCACUCUCACCCGGUUGGCCGCCCGCCUCGCCAGGGACUGCACAGUCCUCCUCACCAGCCCCGAGGUCUACCGUAGCCUGCUCGCUGACUUCCGCUCCCUAGAGCAGGCCCAAGCCUGCGUGCCCAGGCUGCGCCCCGUCGGCCCCGCUGGGGCUUUCAAGCUCUGCCCUAUCCCGUGGCAUCACAGCACUGGCUUCGCCCAAGUGCCAUAUUUCAACCUCAAUCUGAACUACCUCAUCCAUCUCAGCCGCCCGCGAGAUUUUGUCGGUGAGUCUGAACUGGAUCCAGUGAAGGAACUGAAGUCCAUUCCCCAGCUGAAGAAGAAAAAGCUUCUCCGCUGGCUGUCCUCCAUGCAGAAGAGAGAAAGCAACUUCAAUUCACAGAUUGAGGCACUGCCUACGUACUCUGUGACUCCCGCUAGCCCGGCUCCUUCCUCCUCCCACUUGCCCCUCUACUCCCAGCUCCCUAGAGGCCAGUCCAUGCCCUCUCUGCGUGAGGGCUGGAAGCUCGAAGAUGAGUUGGGCCUUCCUCCGCUCUCUCCACGCCCCUUAACCCCACUGGUCCUGGUUGCAGAGAGCAAACCAGAGUUGGCAAGGGACACAGUGGCUGAAGACCUGAAGCAGAUGAUGAAGAACAUGAAACUGGAGUGCACUCGCUACUCACCGCUGGACUCAGGCCUGCCCCUGCUCCUGGCGGCCCUGACCCACCGCCCAGCUACAGCACAUCACAUGGAAGAGCUGCAGAGAAUGUUGAAGGACCUUGAGGAGAGUGAAGCUGCUGGGCAGUGGGACCUCCAGCCCCUCAGAUGCCCUCCACUUCAGCCACAGCCAGUGACAGUUCCUUUGAAGCUAAGAAAUAAGGUCGUGGUCCAGACAGCUGCUGUGCAGGUCUCAGAGAGAAAUUUUUUGGACUCCUUUCAUGUCGAGGGGGCUGGAGUUCUAUACAACCACCUGACUGGUGAACUAGAACCCAAACUCAUUAAGGAAAUGGAUAUUGAUCGCUCUGUUGGCAGUAACAUCCAGGAGGUCUACAAGGAGCUAAUGAACCAUGUCUCUAAUAAGCACUUCUCUUUUGACCAGGGACCCCUGGUUGAGCUUGCAGCCGAUAAAGACUGGUCGACCUUCCUGUCCUCAGACUUUCUAUGUCAAGAAAAACAGCAUCGUGUCAUCAACCCCAAGCUGGCUGGACUUUAUUUCCAGAGAGAAAACCCUUUACAGUCCAACCCUGAUAGGAUGUCCUCCCUCACAUCAUCCCAAGGAAGCAAAAGCUGGGAGAGGCGGCCUAAGAAGACCUCAUGGAUGAACUGGUGGGAAACCACUUUGUCUGUGGGUGACUACUUCAAGUACCUCAUCAACCAGGAGACAGAUUUCCUCCAUGUCAUCUUCCAAAUGUAUGAAGAGGAGGCGCCUGUGGAGAUCGUGGCCCCUGUAAGAGAGUCCCUAAAGAUUCAGCGCCCACCUCCCUUGCUAGAAGACGAUGAGCCAGACUUUGUGCCAGGAGAGUGGGAUUGGAACACGGUGCUGGGGCACAGGCUAGGAACUAAGAGGAGCCACCUCCUGGAAGAAUCUCACAAAAUCCUGAGCCUGCAGAAGCGUCUGGAGUGGCUGUGGUCCAUGCUUGAGGUCCCCGACAAGGACCGGCUGGACAUGGCCAUCAAGUACAGCUCCAAUGCCCAUCUGAGGCAGCUGCCUUUCUUGGUGAGUGCCUGGGAGCGGGCCUUGCAGCCCAUUCAGCUGCGAGAGAUGAUGCUGGGGAGACUAGAGUGGUUUGAGCGACAAGCCUCCGACCCUAACCGCUUCUUCCAAAAGACUGACAUGGGCCUGAGUCGCUUCCUGGAGGAGAAUCAGAUCCGCAGUCAUCUACACAGGAAGCUCAAUCUAGUGGAGGCUCCUUUGAUUCCCCUUCUGGAGGAGAUUGAGGUAAUCUUUGGGGAGCCAGUGACCUUCAAGGGGCGGCGGUACCUGGACAAGAUGAAACGUGACAAAGUAGAGAUGCUGUACUGGCUGCAGCAGCGGCGGCGGGUCCACCACCUGGUCCGGGCCCAGAAGGUCUCCCAUCAGGCCUCCCUGUCCGGGAAGCCCAGCAGCCAGCCUCUGAUAGUUCCUGGGAAUACUCCCAUUACUCUCUGACCAGGCCAAGUGCCCUCAGACCCCUCCCUCACCCCCACACACCCAGCAACUCAUCCAGACCUUUUGACUGCUUUGAAAGAAGAAAUAUCUGGCUGUGCAGGGUUCAGGAGAAUUGUGCUUCCAACUCCCAGGGGACUGAAAUUAACACUUUGUUUGGACCAUGAAGUUCUCAUAAAAAUUCCCCAAGCCCCUCAUUCCCAUUUAUGUCAAGCCACACACAAUACAGCCAAAAUCUCAUAUACCAGAAGAACUGAGACCAGUCCCUGAAGUUCAUUGUCAUGGGAAGUGUCAGCCAGGUGGAAACCAUCCCCUUUGAAACACCUCAGUUUAGCAUUUCCAUCACACUACAUUAGAUGGGCUGAUUAGAGCCCCAGACCAGGAGGCUCUGUGGCAUACUGUCUAAGAGCUAGUGUUCUGGAGUUCAGAGAUGCAGGUUUAAAUCCCAGCUGUGUAACCUUGGGCAACCUACCUAAUAGCUCUGCAUGUGGACCAUCAUAUGUCAAAUGAAGGAGUUGAGUCCAGGUUGUCACUUUUCCUGGUUCUACUGUUGGUAGAGCUAAAGUUUUUCAUUAAAUUUUUACCAGUUAAUACAGACACAUGGGACAAAGUACACAAGAGUGUGCAUCCUUCCCUCCAAGACCUCAGGUCUUCUUGAGGGUAACAACUGUUACCAGUUUCUCGUGUAUCUUUCCAUUCCAUUAGUUAGCAAAUAUUUAUCCAGCACCUGCUAGGUGUUCAUGCUUGGUCUACAUCACUGAACAAAACAAAGACCCCUACCCUUUGUAAAGUUACAUUCUACUGAGAGGAAACAGACCGUAAACUGUAAAUGUGGUACCUAUGCACACAGAAUGAUAGAAUGUAGAGGGCGAUUAGUACUGUGGAAAAAAGAAAAAGUAGAAAAGGUAAGAGGAAAUAAAGGGCAAAGGAUGCCGGUUUAUUAGGAUAGUCUGUGUAAGGCUCACUGCAAAGGGAAGAUUUGAGCAAAGGCUUGAAGGAGGGGAAGAAGGAAGCCCUGUGGACAUCUGGGACCACAGCGCUCCUGACAGCUAUUGUGAAACCUAAGGUGGGCGGGUGCCUGGAGUGUUCCAGAAAAGCAAGGUGGCCAAUUACCGUGGAGCGGAGCGAGGGGGAGAAAGAUGAGUCAGAGGGGUCGCAAUAAGAUGCCAAGGGGCAGGCUGGAUUAUUUUAGGCCUUGGAGACAAUUGUAAGAACCAUUUCAGAGCUGGCCUGUGCACACAUGAGCAUGUAUGAAUCUAUGUCUAUGCAUAUGUUUAUAACUACACCAGCAAUAGCAUGCUGUCCCAUUUUGCCCUUUAUUUUUUUGCCUAACUUGCCUCAAGUUCAUCCCGCAUCAGUACACACAGAGCUGCCUUAUUCUUUUUUGAUAGCUAUACAGUAUCCAACUGUGUGUAUUUUAAUUUUGUUUAACCACUCCCUUAUUUGUUGGACAUUACAA